CAGACUUAAAAAGGCGCCGUGACAGCAAAGAGAGAGCAAAGAGGUCAGUGGUUUGGACGAUCGGUGACCACGAUGGUUCAGCUGACACUUCUUCUCCUCGUGCUGUUUGCUGGUGUCACAGUGAGCUCAGUGGUGGAUCUGCAGAAGAGAAUUAUUCAUGGUAGAGACUGUGGACCAGGUGAACGGCACUACCACGUCAAACUGAUAACUGUUGAGCCGAAUGGAGAUCAAUCCUUGUGUGGUGGCUCACUGAUCAGUGACAGCUGGAUUCUGACGGCAGCUCAUUGCUGGAUAGAUGGAGGGGACAUGUAUGCAUAUUUAGGUGAACAUCAAGGACUAAGACGCAGAUCAGUGCGGAUCGCCAUGAAAGUGAUUUUUACUGACAGAUUCAGAUUCAGGACCCACGACAUCAUGUUGGUGAAACUACGAAACCCGGAAACUCAAAUUCAACCCGUCCGUCUUCCUGCCUGCAAUCAUCAACCAGGUCAGACUGUUCAGAUGGCAGGUCACGCGUCCACUUAUCAUUUUCCGAACAAUACAAGAUAUGUAACUCCAUCUCAGGCUCUGCAAUGUGUAGACAUCAAUGUUGUUAACUGUCCGAACUUCAGUCCAAUUCAGAUUCCGUUCGCACCUUUCACGCUCUACCGAUAUGUCUUCUGUGGUCAGUAUCCUCGAGGAACUCAUCAAGGGGACGGACGCGUGUCUUGGUGACUCGGGUGGAGGAGUCAUUUUCAAUGAUAUGAUUUAUGGCGUCAUUUCUUCAGUUGGUAUACCUGCUUGUACUUACCCAGUGGAGUUCAUGAAUGUCUGCCAUCCAGCUUACUAUCAGUGGAUUCUAAACACAAUCAGACCAAGACAACCGUGUCUAAACUGUGUCACUGGUUAAAACAUUUUUGAAAUAAAGAAUAUGUGAGAUUUCAUCUC